AGCAUUAAUGGAUUAAUUUCUACCACUUAUAUCACCUAGGCCUUGUAGUUGAAGGAAACCAUUAUUAGUCAAGAAAAACAUGGAGGUUGAGAUCAUUUCCAGGGAGACCAUCAAACCAUCUUCUCUAACACCUCCUCACUUGAGAACUUACAAGCUCUCUCUUUUAGAUCAGUUCAUUCCUUCAAACCAUGUCCCGAUAGUCCUCUUUUAUCCCAUGCUUGAUAACGAUCAUGUUCAUGUCACCUCUCAAUUGUUGAAGAAGUCCUUGUCAAAAACCUUAACCCGGUUUUACCCACUUGCUGGGAAGGUCAGAGAUGCUCUCACCAUUGAUUGCAACGAUGAGGGAGCUUUCUAUGUAGAGGCUCGAGUCAAAUGCCAUUUGUCCGACUUUCUCACCCAACCUCGUGUCCCAUCCAUGAAUCAAUUCCUUCCCUAUGAUGUCGCUUGGAAGCGAGAUGAACCAAUUUCAGGGCUCCAUGUAACCAUAAUCCAAGUAAACAUAUUCGACUGUGGUGGAAUCGCCAUUGGUGCUCUAGUUUCACACAUGACAGUCGAUGGAACAGCGUUCAGCACCUUUCUCAAUAGCUGGGCUGCCACUGCUCGCGGAUCUUGUGAAGCAGUACCACGUCCAAGUUUCAUUGCACCAUCUCUUUUCCUUCAAAGUGAUUCUGUGCCAAAAGAAUUGACAGCGAUGGGCCUGUUAAAACACUUUCUCAAAAGAGGCGACUGUGUUGCAAGGAGAUUCAUAUUUGAUGCCUCAGCCUUGGCCACACUCAAGGCCAAAGCAACCAGCUCUUGUGGUCAGAGUCAGAGCCCUAGUCGUGUUCAAGCUGUGUCAUCUCUGAUCUGGAAAUGUUUCAUUGCAGCUUCAAAAGCAACAUCGGGAGCCUACAAGCCAAUUUUAUUGGGCCAUGCAGUGAAUAUACGCCCGAGAGCUCUGCCGCCCUUUUCAGAGUCUUGCAUGGGAAAUUUUCUAUGGCUGGCAGUUGCAGAAUGCAAAGACGAGGCCAAAACGGAGUUGCAUCACUUGGCGGGUCAAGUGAACGACGCAAUAGCCAAAGUUAAUGGCUACUUGGUGAAGCAGCUACAAGGAGAGGAAGGGUCUCUCAAGUAUUGUGAGACUCGAGGAGAUGAGAAAAGCACUUCACGAGGGAGCAGAUUAUUUGGGCUUUACAAGUUGGUGCAACUUUGGUCUUUAUGAAGUCGAUUUUGGAUGGGGAAAGCCUAUAUGAACAUCUCCUGUUGGAUCAGGAGAAUCGAUAUCAACAAUUUUUUACCAGAAUAUGGUUAUUCUGAUUGAAACAAAACAGGGAGAUGGAAUCGAAGCAUGGGUCUCCACGGAUGAGCAACAGAUGGCUAUAUUCCAAUGUGAUAGAGAGCUCCAAAUUUACGCAUCGGUUGAUCAAAGUCCACUGAGCCUUUGUAAUUGAGUUUCU